UCAUCGAUACUCUCAGUCGGCAUCCUGAUCUUCGGCACAACGGUUGCAAUCCUUACUGGCGCAUCAAAUUAACAUACAUCGCAUCUGCAUCUGCAUCAAAAGCCAUUCAUAACAAAAGUUACAUUCUUUUCCUCGACGAUCAAUUAUCCUCUUCGCGGUCAACAACGCGGCGAAAAUGGUCAAAUCGUUUGUCCUAGGUGCUCUUCUUCAAGUAUUGCUACUUAGUUCUGUCAAUGCCCAAAAUCAAGUAACGCCAAAUUGUUUAACACCCGAUGGCGUGAAUGGCGUGUGCAUCGGAAUACGACAGUGUCCACCGUUGCUGAAUAUACUUCAGAUGCAACCACUUCAAGAAGAAGCGAUCAAUUUUCUGAGACAGUCACAGUGCGGCUUCGACGGCAAUACUCCUCGAGUCUGUUGCCUAAUUCAAUAUCCAAACGUUCCAUCGCGAGAUCAACUUUACCCUCCGAACAAUCAGAAUCCAAAUCUGGAUCCCGUGCAGCCGGAUAGCGAUAACAACAAUGACGCAAACGUGCAGUACAAUCUAUCCGAUAAUCCUCUGCUUCCCACCGAUUGCGGUAAAGAUUUGUCUCAGAGAAUUUUCGGCGGGGAACGCACGGAGCUCGACGAAUUCCCUUGGAUGGCGCUCCUGGAAUACCUGAAACCAAACGGCAAAUCUACAGCUUGCGGAGGAGUCCUCAUCAGUCGUCGUUACGUUUUAACCGCGGCCCACUGUGUCAAGGGCAAGGAUUUACCAACGACAUGGCGAUUGGAAAGCGUUCGCUUGGGGGAGUACAACACCGAAACCGACCCCGAUUGCGUACAAGACGGGGAGACCACCAUGAUCUGCUCGGACGAUCCGAUCACGGUCGGGAUAGAAGAGCAAAUCGCCCACGAGAAUUACGGACCGCUAUCGAGGGACCAGAAAUACGACAUUGCCCUCUUGAGAUUGACUCGUGACGUCGCGUUCACCAAUUACAUCAAACCUAUAUGCUUGCCGCAGAGCGCCACAUUCGGGCAAAAGUUGUUCGUUGCUGGUUGGGGUAAGACGGAGAACAGCUCAGCGUCGGACGUGAAGCUGAAGCUUUCGUUGCCCCUUGCCGACGAGGGAGUAUGCAGACAGACUUACGACAAUGCUAGAGUGUCGCUUGGUUACGGACAGAUUUGCGCCGGUGGACAGAAGGGAAAGGACUCUUGUCGAGGUGAUUCCGGUGGACCUCUGAUGUCUCUCGAACGGAGCCGCGACGGCGUUGGAAGAUGGUCCGUCGUCGGUGUCGUUUCGUUCGGUCCGUCUCCUUGCGGCAUGCCUGGAUGGCCUGGUGUCUAUACUAAAGUAAUAGACUUCUUACCCUGGAUACUCAAUAAAGAAAAGUGCUUCACGCCGGAGAACAAACCCGGCGAAUGCGUUAAUAUAUACAGUUGUCGACAAGUGAUAAAAAUUUUCGAACAACAAAAACCCCUGUCGAGAGAUGUGCUGAACUAUUUGAACAGCUUGCAGUGCGGCUUCGAGGGCAAAAAUCCCAAAGUGUGCUGCGAGCAACAGGUAACUGUUACGGAAAACCCAACUCCGUUCAUCGAAGUCACCGACCCACCCGACGUUUCAAAUCAUCCGAAUCUACGGCUGCUGAACGAAGACGUAUGCGGACCGGCAACGAUACCGAAAAUCAUUGGCGGUAACAAGACUGGCGUAUUUGAUUUCCCGUGGAUGGCGUUAAUUGCUUACGACACCGGCAGACAGAUCCCGGAAUUCCGAUGCGGAGGAUCGCUGAUCAACAAACGAUAUGUACUUACCGCUGCUCAUUGCGUUACAUCGUUACCCAACAGCCUCACGUUGAUCGGAGUACGGAUCGGUGAGCACGAUCUGACCACGGAACGCGACUGCGACAGAGACGAGAAUGGCCUCGAGAUCGCCUGCGCCGAGAGAUACCAAGAUUUUGGUUUGGAGAGCGUCCACUUUCAUCCGGAAUAUUCGAGAACGAAAUUGCAAAACGACGUUGCUCUCCUUCGGUUGAACGGAGACGCUGAUUUCAGGCCCGAGAACGUGCGACCAAUUUGCAUGCCGAUCGGACCAAUCGCUACCUUCAAUCAAAAAAAAGUAACGGUGACUGGUUGGGGUGCGACGGAACUUGGACCACGUAGUCAAACGUUGCUGCAAGUAAAAUUAACGCCAAUUAAUACCACGGAAUGCGCGAAAACGUACAGCGGAAAGGCACAAAUCUGGUACAAACAGAUCUGCGCGGGUGGUAAGAAAGGCAUGGACUCUUGCAUGGGAGACAGCGGUGGGCCGCUUCAAGCUCCAAUAGCGUACAACAGUAAUGUGAAAUACGUUCAGUACGGGAUCGUUAGCUUCGGACUUAAGGAAUGUGGCACGGAUGGAGUACCCGGAGUUUACACCAAGCUUGAAUAUUACAUGGACUGGAUUCUAAAUACUAUUAGGCCGUAAAGUAACAUAUUCUAUUAAUAAAAUGUUAAUACUGCAUUUAUAGAGCUAAGGACUUGACAUAUUUUUUAAAUACGAGCAACAAAUCAAAUUUCAAGCCACGUUUAUUAUAUAUCAAAGCAUUUGGGCGUACAUGAUCGCAUGUAUUGAUCGCAUCGUAUAAUGCGACAUUUUCUCGUUCUAAAUUUUUAUAACAAUGUUACAAUAAAUCAUCGUAGAUUGAA